AUGGCGGCAGCAGCGGCGGGGGGCUGUGGGCCAGGGCUGCUGGUGCUGCCGGCGGCGGGCGGGCAGCCUGGCUGCUUCAGGCGGCAGCCGGAGGGGCUGCGGCAAGCCUUCUGCAAGCAGGGUCGCUUUGCUGCUGUGGAGAAGUCGGGGGCAGUUCGCCUUUCUGGCGGUGAAGCGGAGACCCCUGGUGAAAGCACACGUGAGAGUCUCAGGGAGGGGGACAGAGCUGGUUACGAUGCCCGCUGCCUUGGUGUGACUGUUGUGUCUGUCCCAGUUUGCUUGGCAAAAUACGUGCAGUUGCAGAACAAGCAGGUGCAAUGUUUGGACUGCGAAGCAACACAUAUGCUCCUUCUCUCCUUCGAUGGGAAGCUUUCCGAGCACCGGGCUACAGCUUCAGCUAACUGCUUCGAGACAAGGCUGCUGAAAGAAUUAGGAAACCGACAUAUUGUCCAAAUAGCCUGUGGGGACCAUCACUCUAUGGCGCUGUCUAGAGGAGGUGAGCUCUUUACCUGGGGCCAGAAUGCCCACGGACAGCUUGGAGUGGGAGGACAAGUCACGUGCACUGCCAAACCGCAGCUCGUGGACGGGCUAAAGGGCAUCGCACUUGCUCAUAUCGCUGCUGGAGGAGCUCACAGCCUCGUGGUGUCACUCUCUGGAGCUGUGUACUCCUGGGGAAAGAACGAUUUUGGACAGCUGGGACUCGGACACAUGGAAGACCGGGACCACCCAUCAUACGUUGAAGCAUUACAGCACUGGAAGACUGUAUUUAUCUCAUGUGGGGCAGAUCACACUGCAGUUCUCUCCAAGGACGGGCUGGUGUGCACAUUUGGAGCGGGAGAGGCUGGUCAGCUUGGUCACAACUCCACUCGCAACGAACAAACCCCUCGCAUCGUGGCUGAGCUGUGGGGAGCGAGAGUGUCGCAGGUUGCCUGUGGAAGACGGCACACUCUAGUCUAUGUCCCCUCCUUGGGCAAAGUCUACUCAUUUGGUUCUGGUGAAGAAGGACAGCUGGGAAAUGAGGGAAAGUCUAAUCAGCUGAUACCACUUCCCAUCAAUUUACCUGUGGAUAAUGGAGAAUGUAAUCAGGGAAACAGUACAUCACAAAAGGAGAUUAAAAUUAUUGCAGGAGGAAACCAAAGUAUUGUCCUGCUGUUGAAGAAAAGGAAUUCCUAUCUUAAUUUGAAUGGAAUUGCCACUCUGAAGGAUGCAUGGAUUUCUAAUUCCUGUUCACAAAAGUGGGAGGAAACAAAGAAUAUUAGUCUGAUAUUUUCAUCUGAGGCAUGCAUCAAUGGAAGCUUCUUGGAAAAAAGAGACAAACAUUUCAGAACUUCCAAAGAAAUCUCAGGUGUAGACAUGUCAGAAGUGCUAUGUUUUUAUGAGGAGAUCAGCUGCAAGCCAAAACUCUUCCAAAAGGUGAAAGAGGAAAUUAAGAAGUUACUGCCAUCACUAUCUUCCUCUCCCAUCUCACCUGAAAAUUUCAGAAUCUACUUGAUCUUACCUUUCCUCUUGCGAGGAGAGGAUGACACCUCAUACCAUUCUCUUAGUCUGCUAGCACAAGCCAUCAUGAGACUUCAGCCAAAGGACCUGCAAACUCUUGAAUCCCUGUGGUCAAAUCUAGAAGCAUCCUUUUUCAAAGAGCUGGUCAGCAUAUAUCAGAGGGCUUCCCAGAACAAUCUGUCUCAAUUUAUCUGGGAAGUGCUUUUCCAAAGAGAUCUCUCUAAAAUGGAUGGUGAAGAGGGAGCAGCUCUGCACCUAUUACAGAUUCUUUUCCAGGUGAACUCCAGAGCUGGUUUUGGAAUACACAAAAACAACUUUUAUGUAUGUGAAGUGAAAGAGAUUAUUAAAUUGAAUUUCUACAUGGACAUGGAGGAAUCACUUCAGAUGGCUCUGUGGAAGCUGACCAGAUACCCAUGCAUCUUUGACAGGCAAGAUAAGAUUGCAGUUCAUGAUAUAGAAUGCAAAGCUCUGUCCACGUCCCGCUCAGUAACAGCUAUAAACUUUCCAGUGUUCGUAAAUGAAUCAUGGUCUUUUCUGGUCAGAAGACAACACCUUCUGCAUGACAUAUGGGAUAUUUUAAAUAAUGCAGUACCCGAGCAAUUCAAGAAGAUCUUACAAGUGACCUUCGUGGGCGAGGAGGGGAUCGACGAAGGGGCGCUGUCCCAGGAGCUCUUCAGCGUCGCCGCCAGGGCCCUCUGCCAGCCCAAAGGCGGGGCCUUCCGCCACUUCGCCUCCCACCUCGUCUGGUUCCCCAGACAGGUGUCCAGCCGUGGUAAUACCUUUUUCCUGAUCGGGACCCUGUUCGGAAUGGCCCUGUUCAACAAGUGCCUAGCCCCCUUUCCCUUCCCCCGAGCGCUCUACAAAAAGAUGCUCCAGGUGGCGCCCACGCUGGAAGACCUGAAGGAGCUGAUGCCUUCAGAAGGCAGGAGUCUUCAGGAAAUUUUGGAUGAAGAACGUGACGAUAUCUUUGAGAGCCUGGACAUGGACUUCACGAUAACGGAAGAAGAAGGAAGCUCCACGGCUGUCAUUGAACUUAAAAAAGAUGGUACCAACAUUCCUGUCACUAAGCAUAACAGGAAGGAGUUUGCUGACUUGUAUGUGAAUUAUGUGUUCAAUGAAUCCAUACAGAAGCCAUUUGAGGACUUUAUGCAAGGGUUUUUAAGAGGCUGCCCAGCUAAAAAGUGGAAGAUGUUUCUCCCUGUAGAGCUCCAGACUGUUUUCGAAGGAUACGCAAAAUAUGACUGGCAUCGGCUGGAAAAGUGUGUGAAGUACGUGGGUUAUAAAAAGUCAGAUCAAACCAUCAAGGAUUUUUGGACUGUGUUUCACGAACUCCCAGAAGAAAAAAAGAAAAUGUUUCUUGCUUUUUUGUCAGGAUCUGAUCGAAUUUCUGCAUAUGGACUGGAAUAUUUUACAUUUGUUAUUAGAGAUCCUGAAGGAGAAAAUCCGGAUACAAACUAUCCUGUUUCCAAUACCUGCAGACGCAUUUUGUUUCUCCCCAGAUACAGCUGUAAAAGAAUACUCAAGAAAAUGUUCCUCUCUGCCAUAAAGCACUGUGAAAAUUUUAGCUUGCCCUAACUUUUGGUUGGGAGUGCUUUAAAGCAAAAAUAAGCAAACAGAAAAUUCAGUCUUUGUCUCACCUCUAAUAUUUGUUUCUUAGUACUUAUGAUGUGCUGGUUUCUCCUUAUAUCAUCCCUUUUUUUACUGCACUUUAUAUAGACACUUGUGUGCAUUCCUGAGGUUGUAUAUUUAUUAUAAAAAUGAGCUUAGAUCAGAUGCCUGAUUGUUAGAUGAUUAAAGUUAGGAAAGAAGAAUCCUAUUUAACAUGCUUUCACGAAGCAAGUUGGUAAACAUAUCUGUUUACAUAUAUGUCCAUCCUCUCUGCACUGUACUGAUAUUGUUUAGUUGGUGACCUUUCAGCAGCCUGAGAUUUUGUGAUUUCUACAUCACCAACAAUCAUACUGUCAGUGUAUGCUAACCAAUAAUAGUUUCAAGAGGAAGGCAGGGUAAAGUUUUCAUCCAUAUUAAUGAUGGAUUUUCUUAGGGAGCAGUUAUUUCUAAGGAGACCUGUUCUUGAAAACUGUGAAUUGACUGAGCAGUCAUUACUUACUGGUAUAUUGCCUUUGACCUACCUGAGAGAAGUUCUCAGGAUAAGGAUUUGAGUGUUCCUUGACUUGGUCAAAAGCCUUAUUUUUAAAGUAUUAAUGGACUUUUUAUUAUUUCGUGUGACAGUACUGUGGAAUUUGUCAUGUUUUCUUCCUAUCUUCUAUGCAGAUGGUUUGCAAUAAAAUAAAAUAUUAUGCCUGCAGAACAACUCAGGGCCUACACAGAGCUCUGUGAACGUGCGGUAGGACUGACACGGCAGCACAUUGACAAUGUCCAGUAGAGUGUAAAGGCUACAGAUGUAUAUUCUUUCCUGUAUGUUUUACUUCCUGUAAAAAAAAAAAAAAUAAAUUUUUUUUGUUCUGUUGAGAGACAACAAUGAUUUUCCAGCAAUCCUCUCGUUUCUUUGCUAUGGUGUUAAAUGUGUCAAUGGACACAUAUGUAAAGAAUGAUUUUACUAUGUCUGUUGUCAAAUGCUAUGGUGAAUUAAAUGAUGAUUAAAUAUCCA